GUUGGAGGAGUUGCCGCGCCGGGCUCCGGUGGCAGCAGGGCGCGGAGCUGGGUGCGCGCUGAGCCUCUGCCUCCCGCCGCCUCCUCGCCCUCCAUUCCUCGCUCCCCGUCUCUCCACCGCCAAGCCGCCGCCACCGCCGCCUCCCUGGGAACCGUAGCCGGGGAGGGGGCCUGGCGUGGCCGGAGCCCGUGGGGAGGUGCGGGGCGCCAGGGCGCGGGGGAGCGCGCCGGGCCCUGCCCGGCAUCAAAUAACAGCCGGCGGGGGAGGGGGUGGGCCGCCGCGCUCACCGCGGGACCGAGGGACGGACGCCAGCCGCGCCCGCCCGAGAGAGCGCCUCGCGGCCGGGGGCGCCGUCCAGGCGCGCGCCCCCGACCCGUGGCUGGAGCUUGGCGAUCCGCGUCCCAGACGGACGCGCCCCUCGGCAUGGAGCGCCCCCGCGGGCUGCCCUGAGGCGGCGGCGGCGGCGGCGGCGGCAAUGCAGCUAGCGCGGCGGCGGCCGGGGCCAGGGACGGCCGCCUGGAGCUCGGAGGACGCGGAGCGCGCCGCGCCCCGGCCACGGACCGAGGGUCUUUUAAUGAUCGGAUCCUCCCCGGCUGAUGCCUGGGAGAUGGCAGUCACUGCUCAUUCAGCCUUGAAGACAGUUAAGUGCUCGCUCAGCACCAUCACUUAGAAGACAGAAUUUAAGAGGAGCCCUCCUGGGCGCGAGCCCGGGCUCCCUGACGCCCGGGAUGACUGCAGCCAGCCGGGCCAACCCCUACAGCAUCGUGUCCUCGGAGGAGGACGGGCUACACCUGGUCACCAUGUCCGGCGCCAACGGUUUCGGCAAUGGCAAGGUGCACACGCGGCGCCGCUGCCGCAACCGCUUCGUCAAGAAGAACGGACAGUGCAACAUCGAGUUCGCCAACAUGGACGAGAAGUCGCAGCGCUACCUGGCUGACAUGUUCACCACGUGCGUGGACAUCCGCUGGCGCUACAUGCUGCUUAUCUUCUCGCUGGCCUUCCUCGCCUCCUGGCUGCUGUUCGGGGUCAUCUUCUGGGUCAUCGCUGUGGCGCAUGGCGACCUGGAGCCAGCCGAGAGCCGCGGCCGCACGCCCUGCGUGCUGCAGGUGCACGGCUUCAUGGCGGCUUUCCUGUUCUCCAUCGAGACGCAGACCACGAUCGGCUACGGGCUGCGCUGCGUGACGGAGGAGUGCCCAGUGGCCGUCUUCAUGGUGGUGGCCCAGUCCAUCGUGGGCUGUAUCAUCGACUCCUUCAUGAUCGGAGCCAUCAUGGCCAAGAUGGCACGGCCCAAGAAGCGGGCGCAGACGCUGCUGUUUAGCCACAACGCCGUGGUGGCGCUGCGUGACGGCAAGCUCUGCCUGAUGUGGCGCGUGGGCAACCUGCGCAAGAGCCACAUCGUGGAGGCGCACGUGCGGGCCCAGCUCAUCAAGCCCCGGGUCACGGAGGAGGGCGAGUACAUCCCGCUCGACCAGAUCGACAUCGACGUGGGCUUCGACAAGGGCCUGGACCGCAUCUUCCUCGUCUCGCCCAUCACCAUCCUGCACGAGAUCGACGAGGCCAGCCCGCUGUUCGGCAUCAGCCGGCAGGACCUGGAGACGGACGACUUCGAGAUCGUGGUCAUCCUGGAGGGCAUGGUGGAGGCCACGGCCAUGACCACGCAGGCCCGCAGCUCCUACCUGGCCAACGAGAUCCUGUGGGGCCACCGCUUCGAGCCCGUGCUCUUCGAGGAGAAGAACCAGUACAAAAUCGACUACUCGCACUUCCACAAGACCUACGAGGUGCCCUCCACGCCCCGCUGCAGCGCCAAGGACCUGGUAGAGAACAAAUUCCUGCUGCCCAGCGCCAGCUCCUUCUGCUACGAGAACGAGCUGGCCUUCCUGAGCCGCGACGAGGAGGACGAGGGGGACGCGGACCCCGCCGACCGCAGCCCCCAGGCCAGGCAUGACUUCGACAGGCUGCAGCCCGGCGGAGGAGCCCUGGAGCAGCGGCCCUACAGGCGGGAGUCGGAGAUCUGAGCCGCCGCCGCCGCCUGCUGUGGGCCUAGGUGUGCAGCGUCCGCCUCCCCCGCAUCCAGGGGUGGGGGGAGAGGUCCCCCCACGCAGCGGCCGCCCCUGCGGGGGCCCCCGGAUGGAGCGGAAUGGGGCCGCGCGGGCCCGGGGGUCUUCGCAGACUCAGUAGCGCUGUAGUUGUUUUACGUUUCUUCGCAAUAGCCUCAGGAGGUCGGCGGGAGGGAGGCCGUGGCAGGUGCAGGGGGCGGGGCCAAGGGAGGUGGCUCCCGGGGCGGGGCUGGCGGGGCGGGGCCGGGACACCGGAGCUCCUGGCUGCUGCCUGCAGGUGGAGGCGCAACUUUCGGGGCCCACGGCUGGACGGGCGGCGGGCCCUGGGUCUCCUCUGCUGACAGGCUGCCGCGCCCCUGGCUGGUUUUUAACUUGGGGAGAAACAUCGGGUUUUCGGCUUUCUCAACCUGAGCUUGGGUCAGACUGUUUACAAACACACACACACACACACACACACAUUGACAAUGCGAUUGAAAAAAAAAAUCUUUUUAAAUUCCUGGGUGGAUCAAGAGGAUGAUUAGAGUUCCCAGAUGCAGGGAGUUGGAUAAAGGCUCCAAAGUUUCCCCGAAGCUGCGCGGGCCUCUGCACCCCCACCCCCACCCCCACUCCCGUUAUGGGGCAGGUGCAGCCGGGGCAGGGGCUGUCCCAUGUGCUCAGAGAGUGGCUUGGGGUCUGUUUGUGUUAGAGAGCCAGACUUGGAAGCUUUGGAAUGUCACUGGGCAGGGGGUGGGGAGGGAUGGGCUGUGGGGGCUGGGAAGAAACAGGCUUGAUCUUUGUGCAUUUGACUUUGUACCUUGGAGGUGCGUCUCAGGGCCGCACAGGGCACCUGCUGUGCCGCGGGUCCACUGCCCCCAGCUGACUCUGGAGUCUGCUUCUCUCUCCAGUCCUGCCUGUGGCCUCCGCCCCUUGGUGCAGGGACGAACGGAAUGGUCAGGAAACCCAGGGAGGUGGGGGUUCCCUGGGCCGGGAAUCGGGUUCCAGCUAGGAGGAAGUGGGUCAGUCCCCGUCCCCCCCCUGGGCUCCCAGUGUGAGUCGUGCCUUAGACACUCCGGGUUGUCCGGCUCCAGUUGCUUCUGUUUUUAUCUGCCUCAUCCGUCCGUCCCUCCCGCUGCCCCCAAGUCCCUGCCGGCCCUCUGUGCACCCUGGGAAGGUGACAGGGGCUUGGGCCUACCUGGCACAGGGCCACAUCCCCUUACCCACACCUGGGGCAUUACAGGCGAGCCCAGAGGGCAUGGCCCUGCCCUGGUGUUGACUGGCAGAGGAAAGAUCUUAGGAGGUGACCCUUAGCUCCUCCCACUCCCCUCCCUGCUGACUUCAUGGAGUGGGGAGAAGGGGCAGGGGAGCAGGGGGCGGGGUCACACUCAUUUUCAUAUCCACAGUGGAACAAAGAAUUCGGGCUCAGGCUGCAGGGUCCCCCUUGUCACUGGCUUUGCUGGCCCUGUUGUGUUGCUGGUAGCUGAUGGAGACUUGGGGUGGAGCCAGCCGUGUGCUCCCCAAGACAGUGCAGAGCCAGAAGGGGCACCAAGGACUCUGUGGCCGCAGUGGGGAGACUCAGUCAGGGGGCAGAGAAGGUGUGGCGUGGGCUAGGGCUCUGGCCCCUCUCGGCCUCCUCCCUGAGGACGGGGCUGGGGUGGGGUGGGGGGACCUAGAGACCCAGCAGCCCCCACCCUGAGAUCCCUUGGCUCAGACGCCUUCCUUGCUCUGUCCCCUGGGAAGUUUAGCCUCAGCAUUGGCAUGUCUUAGCUCCCAGACCUGGCCCCCAGUUCCCACGCCGGACUGCCUUUCUCAGCCUUAGCCCUGCGGGGUGCAGGUGGGGUCCACGUGGGAGGGACGGGUGGCCCUGGGCAGCUGUCCCUUGGGUUUGAGAGGGCAGCCUCCCACUCCCCCUCCUUCUCCAGGACCCGGGGCUGCCUCAGGCCCCACCUUCCUCCCCUGCCCAGCCCCUGCAGGAGGGAGAGCAGCCGCUGGAUCAGGGCACAUGCUGGGUUUCAAACUCUCCUGCCCUUCUCCCCUCCCCCCUUCCUGGUAUUUAUUUAUUUAUUUAUUUAUUCAUUGCUUGUGCUAAAGACCAAAAUAGGCUCUCUCUCCAGUGCACUGGAAGCGGGGAGGGCGGAUGGGAGAGGCCGUGUGUGCCGGCAGGAGCAAGGGUGCCUUGGCCCCUGGGGGAGUGAGUGUGUUCAUGUGUGUGUGUGUGUGUAUGCGUGUGUCCUGCAUUUGCCAUGUUGCAUGUGACUGUGACUGACUCUGGGUGGGACAUGCACAUAUGUGUUAAUCCACAUGCGUGUCCACAGGGGCAUGUGUGUCCGCACGAGGCAUCUGAAGGCAGGCGUGUGUCGGAGGGGGUGGAUGUUGGUCCAUGUGAACACGCGUGGGAGCGUGUGUGUGUGUGUGUAUGUGUGUGUGUGUUGUGGGUGUGUGUGGGUCCAGGGGUGUGUGUGCACGUAUGUCAGCGGGGAGGCGGCCACAUGCGGCUUCUGCGAGCCCCUCGGGACACCGGCCACUCCCUGAACCCCUGCUGGUGCUGUGCUGCCUGGUCCCUGCCCAGCCGAGGGGGCUGGGGGGUGGGGGGAGGUGGCGGCGGGAAGGAGCCGCUUUCAGGAGCCCCCCGCCCGCCCGGGGCGUCCGCCCUGCGUGAGGUCACAGAAUGUCAAAUCUAUUUUAAAUGGUGAAACCGGAGAAUUUCCAUGUUAUUUUCAAUACAUAGUGGUAUCUAAAGACGUAGCCAUGAGAUAGACCACAUUAAAUGCAUUUUGAUCUCUUGGAGUGCCA